AUGUACGUAAGCGUUGUAUUUCUUCUUAUUAUUUCUAAUCAUAUGUCAUGGUGUCAAUAUGAUCUAACCGAUCUUGUAUCAGGUACAAAAAUGUCCGUUAAAGACGAUAUGUUUGCAUCAGUAUCCAACGCGUUUUCCAAUUUUGCUGUACUAAUGUAUCCAUUUAAAAAUGCCAGCUCCGGAGGACAAAAACGAUGUAACUUGCGAUACAAUACAACAGAUCGUUAUGUUCAUAGUGUAGCCGUGGUAGGAAUUUCUAAAAAUAGUGCAAAUGGCGAUCAGUUUAUGCUUGUUUUUGCUGCGGAAAAAAUGUCGACCAUGACUCCAUAUGUUUGCAUUGGUGAGAUCUCAAAAUCUACAUGCAUUAAUCACCUACAAUGUACAGAUGUUGCUCCAGCGGGAUCUCCUCAACAAUAUUUUCUUAUUGCGGUCGAUUCGAAUGGUACCUUUGCUUAUGGAUUCUCAAGUUCAUUUGCAUUUAAAUUAGAUAUUUAUGCCAAUACAAUGGUUUUGAAUCUUACAACCAAUGAUAUUUGGCCAUCGCAAGGGUUCAUUCCCCAUGCUAUCGAUGUUGCUGAUACAUGGGCCGUUAUUGCUGGCUAUGGAUAUUCAGAUGUAGUUAAAAAAGAUUAUGCAACUCUUGGAUGUUUAAUUGAUCUUUCUGUUCUAACAAAUGUGUCAUGUUUAAAUCUUACUUACGAGACGACAUAUUUAAUACCAAGUAAUGUCGUUUCAUAUAAUGAACUUUAUGAAUUAUCGGUUUCUAUACGUGGUCAAAAAAUACUCGUUGGUGUACAACGUCUUUCAACUUUCAUCUGCAUAGAAAAACAAAGGUCAUCAUUAAACGUUACUAAUUCAUAUCAAUUAUCUUAUCCGGAUGCCACGUCAUUUGGUCGUGUGGUUCAAUGGGCAGAUGAUACAAGUAUUGCUGUACUAGUUGACAAUCCAUAUGUAACACCAUGGUCUACAUCAGAAAUAUUCGUUUAUAGUGAACGUUCAGUAACGUUGACCACUCCUGUCUUCGCAUUUCCCAACAGUCAACAAAUAUUGGGUAGCCGCUUAUCAAGUCCGUCUUUUUCUCGAUUUGGUAUUACCAAUGGAGGCAAUAUGGCUAUACUUACAGAUACCGGUAAUAUUUUAGUUGUUCCUUUGGCACCUGCUGGUUACGUUUCAGCAUGGGUCGAUACCACAGCACUUACAUUCGUAUUCUAUUUUCGCCAACAGCUUUGCAUCGGUGGGACCUAUAAAAAUCAUUCGAGUUUAGGUUCCUGUCAAAUAUGUGGUCCGCGCACUAUGAAUCCUGGCACGCUCCUCAGCGGAGUUCUUCAAUGUAUACCAUGUUCGAAUAGUUCAUCAACUUCGCUCUGUCCACUGGCAUCACUUGCCGAUGUUGACUCAAGUAAAGUGCCAUCGUAUAGUCAAGCAGUUGCAUAUCCUGAAACCAGUGAUACAACAGACAUGGAAGAUAUUCUGCUGAUAAAUGUUUUUCAACUAAGUUCUGACUCACGUUGUUUAGUCAUAUCUCCUAUAUUCUGGACAAUGAUUACCAUUGGUAUAUGUGUUUCGAUUUUAGUCCUUAUGGCUGCCAUCAAACACUGUGGAUGUGAAAAUUUUACAAAAUAUAGAAAAAGAGCAAAGGAAAUUUUCAAACAUACGGAUAUAAUUGGCGAGGGUGAAAUGUGGGCUGGUGGACUAGCAACAUUGUCUAUUUUUGUUCUCGUAGGCUUUUCCUAUUGGUUUUCUGUGUCAUUUAUACGACGUUAUCCAAUUGAAGAAAUUACUGGCCCAGCUACAUUUGCCUGUGACCACUCAUUGGUUAAUGCGCAGUUUACAAGCGGACUUGAACUUCUUGCUACUCCUAAAUCAGAAGAAGCUCAGCCACUUUUCGAUCUACUCGAUGCGCAAACAUUCUAUUUAACUGUUGAACUAAUUAAUACUGGAUUUCCAUGUAAUUCUAUCACUGCACAAGAAAAUCUUGUUAGCAGUAAAUAUCUUUCCUUAGCAAUGAAUUGUAGUCAGUCAAUUCCAGACGCGAUAACAUCCGUUACAUUACCGUUUCCGGGGCACGGAACAACUAUUCAAGUCAAUAUGACUGGUCCCUAUUGGAUCGGUGCCGUUCGUUUGUGUAUUCGAGGAAAUAGCCAUACAAAUUCAAACAUUGCAUUACUUGAAUUAGAUUUUUGUCAAUUUUAUACAACACCAAAUGAAGCUAUUGGUAGAAUAACUAGUAUACCAAUUUCAUUCGUUAAAAACGUCAAUAUGACACAUGCUUUGAGUGACUCAGACCCAAAUAUCUAUGAUGGCAUAUGGAUACCGACGUUUAGUAAAGUCGUAUUAUCGGACGAACCGUAUUAUGUUGAAUUCGGUAAUUAUUUGCGUUAUACUUCUUCGUUGACUGUCAUUAAAAUAGCGCUUGACGAACGUCCAUUUUAUAUUAAAAAUAUCGAACAACCAAUCGUUCGAAUGGCUGAAUUAGUUUUCAAAGCGAUGCUGUUCACUUCAUUAUGUAUCGAAUUAUUUGCUUUUGCUUUUCUCAUUAUAAAACUGGUCAUGAUACCAGUAGUCCGAUGGAUUCUAUUUUUAUGGAAGAUACUAUAUUGGAAAAUUUCGAAAUCUGAUAUUCAAGAUUCGUCGAGGGAAUCUAAAUUAAAUUCAAGUUCAUCUAAUGGUAGUCAAAAGUUAAUGUUGAAGUUGGCAACUGAUUUGACUAUGGUUAACGAAACAGACACAUCAAUAUCGUAUCGACAUCAAGAAGGCACGCAGAAGAAAUAUUCGAUAUCAAAUAUCGAAUUGGAUUCAUCAACGCUGAUUAGUAGACUUUGA